CCAGACCCACUAUUCAAUCAGUGCCAUCCAGAAUUGCUGAAGGAGGAAGUGUUCUUCUAUUUAUACACAAUCCCCCAGAGAAUAUUAUAGGCUUUGUCUGGUUCAAAAGGAUGACUGAAAACAGGAGACUUGUGAUUGUCCAAUACACAAUAGACAACAAAUCAACUGUGUGGGGGCCUGCAUACAGUGGCAGAGAGACGUUUUAUAGUGAUGGAUCCCUGCUGAUUCAUGGUGUCACUCCUAUAGACUCUGGAUGGUAUAGUCUACAAAUUCUGGGAACAGAUAUCAAAAGUGAAGAAACAACUGUGAAACUCCAUGUGCACACUUCCCUUCCUCUGUUCUGUAACCCUCUCACAUCUUCCCAACUCACCAUCCAACCAGUGCCUCAGUAUCCUACUGAAGGGGAAGGUGUACUUCUCCAAGUACAUAAUCUUCCAGAAGAUCUGCAAGUCUUUUGCUGGUAUAAGGCUCCAUACCUUAAAGUUGUAGAAUACAACAUGGCCAGAAAUUCCAUCUCCUGGGAGCCCACACAAGGAAGAGCAAGAUGGAUAGUGUACAAUAAUGGAUCCCUGAUGCUCCAGGAUGUCACUGAGAAAGAUGCAGGAAAGUAUAUACUAGAUGCUAUAAACAAAGAUUCCGUAAUUGAAACAACAUACGUGGAACUUUAUGUAAAGAAGUCUGUGUCACAGCCCUUUGUGCAAAUCACUGACACCACAGUCGCAGGACGUAGAUCUGUGACUUUCACCUGCAUUUCACCUGACACUGAUAUCUCUAUCCGUUGGAUCUUCAAUAACCAGAAUCUGAAGCUCACAGAGAGGGUGACUCUGUCCCCGACAAAGUGUGGACUCAAAAUAGAUCCUUUCAAAAGCGAGGAUGCUGGAGAUUAUCAGUGUGAGGUCUCCAACCGAUUCAGUUCGGAGACCAGUCUCCCAUUCUCCUGGCCACGAUGAGUGAGUGACCUCUCCUCUCAUCCUACAGUAGAAUGCUCACAUUUCUUUAUCAAUGGGGUAAAGCAUGGAGAAAAGUUAUGUGGUGAAACUGAUCAGUGUCUCCUCAGGUACAGCCAGCAGGGUGACUCAUGCCUGCAAUCUUGGAAUACAACUGUGUACAAGGGAAGACCAGGAUUUAAAGUGAGGUUGUCUUAAAAGGAAACUAAAGACAUCCAUAUUGUAAGCAAAAAUUCAAAGAUCUUAAGAGCUUGGCUUGUGGUUCAAAUAUACAGUGGCCCCUCAGAAUUCAUAGGAAGUAAUUACCAGAGCCCUCAAACUUUUGGAUCCUCUGAGUCGGCUUUGAAAAUGGUGCAUUGUUUGCAUUUAGAAAAACAUGAUCUCAUAUGUUCAAAUACAUUCUCUUUUUAAGAAAUUCACCCAAGUCCAAUGCAGCCUACAUACCAGUCAUCUAUAUGAAGUGAGGAAGAGUGACAAGAGAAGGGUCUGCCCACGUUUCACUGUGGACAUAGCUGGUUUCUAAAUAUCUUUGAUACACAGUUUAUUAAUACACAGAUGGAAAAUCCUUCACAUAAGGGCAGUUCAUACUGUUUUCAUUCUGAAAGUAGCAUUCACAAUGGGACCUUGCACAUAAGUGUUUUUCCUGUUAAUAUGUACUUUUCUAUUCUCCUCUUACGUAUUACAUCCCAACUACAAUUUCUCCUCCUACCACUACUCCCUAAACCUGACUUCCCUUCUACCCCAGAUCCACUUCUCUUCUGUUUUUCUUUUAAAAAAAAUCAACAGACCUCCCAUGGAUAUCUAUAGAACAUGGCAUAGCAAGUUAUAUUAGACCCACCACAAUCCCUCAUAUCAGAGCUUGGACAAGCAAACUAAUAGGAAGAAAAGGGUCCAUAAGGCAGACAAAGGAGUCAGAGAUGUCCCCAUUUUCACUAUUAGGAGUUUCACAAGAAUACCCACCUACACUACCAUAACUUAUACGCAGAGGCCCUAGGUCAAACCCAUACAGGGUUUGAUUAUCACUUCAGUCUCUUGGUCCUCUUUAAGCCCUGCUUAAUUGUUUGUGUUUCAUGUUUUCAUGGUGCCCUUGACCCCUUUGGUUCCCAUAAUCCAUCCUUCCCCUAUUCUGUGGUGUUCCUGUGGCUCUGCCAAUUGUUUGGCUGUGUGUCUCUGUAUCUGUUCCCAUAUUCUGUAGGAUGAUGCCUCUCUGAUGACUAUUAGGCUGGACAUUGAUCUACUCGUAUAAGAGAAUAUCAUUAGUAAUCUUUUCAUUCAAAUAUUUUUCCAAUCAUGUUUGGUUCUAGUCUGAAUUUCUGCUCUGUCCAGGCUCUAUGUCAAGUGUGGGCUCCCUCUCAUGGCACGGACUUUAAGUUGGACCAGUCAUUGCUUGGCCAAUCCCACAAAUUCUGUUCCACUAUUACCUUGGUAUGUAUUUCAGGAAGGGCAGAUUGUAGGUUGAAGGUUUUGUGGUUAGAUUGGUGUCUCAUUCCCACUGCUAGAAGUCUUCUGUCAUUUAAAAAAAAGGCUGGUUCAGGCUACCUACCCCUCACAAUAGGAGUCUAUACUAGGGUCACUCUUGUAAACUCAAGAGAGUUUUCACUGUAGUAGGUUUCCAUAUUCUUCCCAAAAUGUCCCGCUAUUCCUGUCAUUAUUCUAAUACUCCUCCUUCCAUCCCAUCUUACCCUAUCUGUUUCCUCCUGUCCCCAUCUCUGCCCACCCCCUAUCCUUCCACAAAAUCUCUUUUAUUACUUCUUCCCAGGAAGAUACAUGGGUACCACUAUACUCUUUCUUGCUUCUUAUCUUCUCUAUGCAUGUGACAAAACAGAACUAGUGGUUUAUGUGCAAUAUCAGUUAACAUUUGAAGAGCUCAAAUGGGUGAUUUUGUUUACCAGUUCCAGAAACUUCUGUAGAAUCUUUAAGAUUUUCAAAAAUUGUUUCUGUUAUCUGUAUAUCUAUUUUACAGCCAACUAAUUGGCCAACUUUUAUUUAUUUUUGUUGCCUAAUUGUUCUGUCUAGGAUAUCUAAGAGAAGAGUCAAGAAAAGUAGCCACCACCAACAUUUGGGUGUGGAUUCUGGUCUUAGAGGAAAAACUAUGAGUGCCCUCACUGAGUACUGAGUUGGCAGUGGUUUUUUACCUGUGCCUCUAAUGCACUGGCCUCUCUUGUACCCCUAGUUUGUCUGUUUUCAUCAUUAAAAAUUGUUCACUUUUGACAAAUGUCUUUAUUGAUUUAGUCUUAUAAGUUAUUCACGGAAUCAGUUUUGUGUUUCUUCAUGGUUCCAUCUCUGUAGGUUCUGGGCUUUUAGUUAUUUGCCUGUUUCAUAAAAGUCAUUCUAUAAUUACCCCCAUCACUAUUGAGUAGUUAAUGAAAUUUUAGUAAUCUGGAAAAUUGAC